AUGCCUGAGAUGGACGUUUUGUCAUUGUCACAUCGGUCUCAUGCGUAUGAAACUCAGUCUCUCUCCUUUGACAACCUGUAUCGUUUGACUACCAGGUUUUGGGAUAACUUCAUUUACCCAAACAACAGGGUUCAGCUUUUAUCCGUCAACUCCACACUCUUUUCUGAGGAUGUCGUCGGUCGAGUCGACGAUAGUCGAACAUGUCACGGUCGCGAGCUGAACACCGAGUACGUUUUCGGAUCAUUCGCGACCCUUGGCAGCACUUCAUCCAUCGUGUCAGUGCUGGGGAUCCCGAUCAGCCAUGAGCCAAUGCGCUUUGCCACGAAUGGCAACAUUGUUUCUGUCACAGAACUAGUGUUUUUCAACAUUUCGUUGAUUGACAAAGUUGUGCCAGUCCAAAUCGACUUGUGGCUCGCUUUCAAUUCGCAGGAAGAGAUUGUUGCGUAUGACACCUCCUUCCGCUGGUUUGCAUGGCUGUUUGACGACAUGCUCCAACUUCUGGGAGAAAGUCACGGCUGCGAGGGUGAUGGAGACAAACCGAACGACACCUUCAAAUCAAAUAUCAUCCAACAAAUCUGCGGCACAGCUUUAAAUCACUGUACAGAUUCGCAGAAUGUCCAGUAUGAGAACAAGUCGCAAUGUAUAGAGUUUCUGAGUCAGAACGUUCGAUUAGGGACCUCAUAUGAGUUUGGGAUGAAUACCAUCCUGUGCCGCAGUCUCCAUCAACUUAUGGUACCUCUACGACCUGACGUCCACUGUUCUCACAUUGGACCGACUGGCGGAGACAUGUGUGUCGACGAUAUAAUCUAUGAUACAGUGGUACAAUCUAGCAUUGUGGGUAGAAACAACUCGUCUCAAGUCCAACAUGUAACGUCUCUAUCACCGAAAUAA